AAAGGGGUUUGUUUUUGCCAAAAGGUGGAAAUAACCGAAAUUAAAAGGAAAAGUAAUGAGCCAAAACAUUACCCAUCACUAUUGAUAUGGAUUUGUUAUUGGUUGUCAAAACAAUGUGCGCAUAAAACAAACUAUAUAUAUAUAUUGAAAUAUAUGACAAUACGAAUCCAAUUAACCAAAUCUUUUUCAACUGAUAUUUGGAUUUAAUUAUGGAUUUAAUUAUUGGAAUAUUUAAAAUGGUCUGAAUUUAUAUUUAUAAAGAGGUUUAAAAUGGAGUCACCUGUAUAUGAUGCUACUGUUUUGGGAGGAGGUAUUAUUGGUAGAUCUAUAGCCUUAAAGUUAAUUAAAGCCAAACCAGAAUUCAAAGUUUUACUUAUUGAUCAGUUUUCAAUGUCAGAGUCACAGGGUAGCUCUAAAGGCCGAAGUAAGGGCAUCCAGAAAACGCACUGGGUUAAGGAAACGGAUACCAUGCGACAGAUGAGGAUAGACUCUUUACAGGAAUGGGAAUCUCUUCAAAUGACUGUAUGUCCGAAAACGAUCAUGAGGAAACACGAAGCCCUGUUCGUAGGACCAGCUGAUUGUCCGUUUAUGAUGUACACUCUUGAUUCCUUGCAAAAAUAUCCUGGAUUCGAUGGAAUGGGAUAUAUGUCUAAUGCUUCACUUCGGGAACAAUACCCAAAUAUACAUUUCAGUGACGAUUGUGUAGGUCUUUUAGAUGCGUCUGAAUUAUGUCUGGCUGCUGAUACGAUUUUGGAACAUAUCUUGGAAGAAUUUGAGAACCUAGGUGGGACAACAAAGAAAGGGCAAGUCACGGAAAUCACCCCUGGUGAUACUAUCAAUAUUUCCACUAAGGAAAAAGUGUAUCAAACAAAAAAGAUUGUUAUUGCGACCGGUCCAUGGUCGGGACCAAUGAUGCAAGAAUACGGAAUUGACAUAAGUUUAAAGAGAAAGCAUGCGAUGGAAAUGUACUGGAAACUUAAAAAGCCAUAUAUUCCAUGCCCAUCACUAUUUGAAUAUAAAAACAAAUCAAUGGUUUGGACAAACUAUACAACUGAGCACGGACCCUGUUUGAAGAUUGGGUUUCCUGGAGAAAUAAUCACUCAUGAGGAUCUACACGAUGUCAAUAAAUUGCAUGAUAAGAAGAUGGUUAUUGCAAUGACAAAAUAUAUUGAAGAUACAUUUGGGGAAAUGGUAUCAACAAUUAAGCCAACUCAGAUUGAAAACUGCGUUUAUACGUUUACAAAAGACGGAAAGUUUAUUUUAGGGCGCCACCCAGAGAAGAACAACAUAUUUUUUGCAGUUGGAAUGUCAGGACGAGGAUUUGGCUAUUCACCUGCAAUCAGUAAUAUUGUUUGCGAUCUGGUUCUUGACAGACAACCAAAGUAUGACAUAUCUGAAUUCGACGUCGCUCGAUUUAAAUGAAAAUAUGUAUCAUGAAUCAUACUGGUCCUUGUAUGUUCUGACACACAACAUAUUAUACAUUCAAUAGUUAAAACUAAUUUAAUCCAUUUAUUCUUUUUCAAAACGUACAGUUAAGUGCUGGAAAUAGUUGUAUAUUGUUUGAUUCUUUUAGUUUAUAUAUAUUUAGUUCAAGAAUCGCUAC